GGGGUGGUUGAUUUUUUUUGUAGGGAGGGGGGAAAAAAGAAGGGGCAAGACCCCCACUGGCUGAUUAUCCCCUCACUCUCCAGUGCAACCUCCCCUCACCUUCCUCUUCGGAGCUGCUGGAACCAUGAGCUGGGGGACAGAGCUGUGGGAUCAGUUUGACAACUUAGAAAAACAUACGCAAUGGGGAAUUGAUGUUCUGGAAAAAUACAUCAAGUUUGUAAAAGAAAGAACGGAGAUUGAAAUCAGCUAUGCAAAACAACUUAGGAACCUUUCAAAGAAAUACCAACCCAAAAAGAACUCCAAAGAAGAGGAAGAAUACAAGUACACAUCAUGCAAAGCCUUCCUAGCCACCUUAAAUGAAAUGAAUGACUAUGCCGGCCAGCAUGAAGUCAUUUCAGAGAACAUGACUUCUCAGAUCACUGCGGAGUUAGCACGCUUUGUGCAAGAGCUGAAACAAGAAAGGAAAUCGCACUUUCAUGAUGGCAGAAAGGCACAACAGUACAUUGAAACUUUCUGGAAACAGCUUGAAGCAAGUAAAAGGCGGUUUGAACGUGAUUGCAAGGAAGCCGAUAGAGCACAGCAGUAUUUUGAGAAAAUGGAUGCUGACAUCAACGUUACGAAAGCAGAUGUUGAAAAGGCAAGACAGCAAGCACAAAUACGACAUCAAAUGGCAGAAGACAGCAAAGCAGAAUACUCAUCCAUUCUUCAGAAAUUCAACCACGACCAACGCGAACAUUAUCACACCCACAUACCAAACAUCUUCCAGAAAAUACAAGAGAUGGAGGAAAGAAGGAUAGUGAGGAUAGGCGAAUGCAUGAAAACCUAUGCAGAAGUGGACCGCCAGGUGAUCCCCAUAAUCGGGAAGUGUCUGGACGGAAUAACAAAGGCAGCAGAAUCAAUUGAUCAGAAAAAUGAUUCACUACUGGUAAUAGAAGCCUUUAAAUCAGGGUUCGAACCACCAGGAGAUAUUGACUUUGAAGACUUCACUCAGCCAAUGAAACGCACUGUCUCGGAAUCUAGCCUUUCAAAUUCCAGAUGGGAUGGAAAAUCUGAGCCCAAGCCUGGCAGCAAAUCCAAGGGCAAAUUGUGGCCAUUCAUCAAGAAAAAUAAGCUUAUGUCCCUUUUAACAUCCCCCCAUCAGCCCCCUCCUCCUCCCCCUGCCUCUGCCUCACCCUCUGCUGUUCCCAACGGCCCCCAGUCUCCCAAGCAGCAAAAGGAACCCCUCUCCCAUCGCUUCAACGAAUUCAUGAUCUCCAAACCCAAAAUCCACUGCUUCAGGAGCCUAAAGCGCGGGACUCACUCUUUGUAUUUUCACAAAGAACUCAUGAAGAGGACUUUAGGGAAACCCACAUGUGCCGUUGAGGCUAGGGACUAUGUUCUUUCUCUCAAGCUGAUAACUUUGAAUACACAGGUCUGGAAUCUAAUAGAGGGGGGAGGACCAGAGGACUUCAGCAAUCUCCCACCCGAGCAAAGAAGAAAGAAACUCCAGCAAAAGGUUGAUGAGCUAAACAAAGAGAUUCAGAAGGAAAUGGAUCAAAGAGAUGCCUUAACAAAAAUGAAAGAUGUCUACAUCAAGAACCCACAGAUGGGAGAUGCAGCCAGCGUGGAUCACAAAUUAACUGAACUGGGACAAAAUAUGGAAAAGUUGCAACUAGAGGCUCAGAAAUUUGAGGGUUGGCUGGCCGAGGUUGAAGGCAGGCUACCUGUGCGGACUGAGCAGAGCAGACGACAGAGCGGAAUGUAUGACACCCAGAACACAUCAGCCGUCAAUAACUGUGCACAGGACCGGGAGAGCAGCCCAGAUGGCAGUUACACAGAGGAGCCAAGUCAGGAGAGUGAGAUGAAGGUGCCAGUGACAGAGUUUGAUGACGAGUUUGAUGAUGAAGAACCACUCCCUACCAUAGGAACCUGUAAAGCUCUCUAUACGUUUGAAGGUCAGAAUGAAGGCACAAUUUCAGUAAUGGAAGGCGAAAUGCUCUAUGUAAUAGAGGAAGACAAAGGCGAUGGGUGGACGCGAAUCCGGAGGAAUGAAGAUGAGGAGGGUUAUGUCCCAACAUCCUAUGUUGAAGUCUAUUUGGACAAAAAUGCCAAAGAUUCCUAAAGGUGUUUGUGCUGGUGCAAGAAGCUGGGGCGAGCUUGUCACAGAAGGAGAAACAAAUGGUCUGUUUACCCCGCAGGCAGUUAAAAUUCGCCCAUACAGACAGACUCCUGGUCUGGUGUGGAGUCAGCACUUGAAAAAACUGAAAUCUAAAUUCCAUCCCAACAUUACUCAGCCGCUUGCUCUUUUUUAUGGCAUGUUACUUGUGGCUCAGACUAACUUACUGACGUUUCCCAUUGUUCUGCCAACUUGACAUUGCCUUUCCAUAGAGCAUAACCAGCAAACCCCACCCACUCCACCACUACCUUCCCCACAACCAGACACAAACAGCUGGCUGCACUUGGAUGCAAAGAGUAACCAGAGAAUCCCAUGCAUGUGCUAGUUGGGAUUCUAUCCUCCUGUGGCCCUCAGCCCAUCUGAAUGUCUGCACUGGUCCAUCAGCAUUUCACAUGGUGCCUUUAGUGCUAAUCCUACAGGCAGACUCAUCAGACAGCUAGGGAAGGAGGUACAUACAAGUGGAAAGCCAGUUAACAGGAACAAUAUGACAGCAGCUGGACUGACCCCCGAAUCGGCUUAUGUUAAACUUUACACACCAAUUAUUCCAUAUUACACCUUCCCCAAAAGGUCCCAAAUGUCAAUCAGUCUUUUUACUUUUUACAAAUGGCUGGUGCUCCCUCGAAGCGUUCAAUCCCUAUUGGCUUUUGCUGUGUGCUGCCAGCCUAGCAACUCAUGAGUGUCUGCUUGCUUUCCUGCUCUCUCACAAACACACACACACAAAGGAAUUUUGGUUUAAAGCCACAUUUUCUCCCUCACCAAGACCUCCAUUUGAAUCUUGUUUCAGCCUGCAUGCUCGCCCUGUUGCCUUGCCUGCGCAUACCUUCCUAACGGCGCCUUCUUCUGAAUCUCUUUCUAGUUUUGAGCAUUUCAGACCUGCCUUCUCCUUUUGCAUGAGCCCCUGUGCACUCUCAUCAGUGUGUUUGAACAGCAGAAAUUACGU